GUCCGGGACGGGGAGUCAGGGCGCCACAACGGGGAAACCCACCUCUUGCACACACACACACACACACACACUCAGACACUCACACACAAAGACACUAAGCACCAAGGGGAAGACGGAGAGAGUGAAACGAAGAAAAAAUAAGGAACAGAGAAGAGAGAGGGGAUAUAUAUGACUAGAUAUGGCACACACCUAUGAAGGAGGAAUCCCUGCCCGGGUAUAUCUGGGAAGCCUGCUUGUGGCUCUUUGCUUCCAACCCAUCACCGUUGGAGGAGUUGACCCAGUGUUGAACGGGAUCCCUUCAUCUUCUCUUCCUGUAGCCGCGCUGAAGCAGGAGGUGGCGCUGGAGAAUGGCGCCACAACGCUGAACCACUCCAUGGCAAUGGUGCAGCGCAUGGAGGGUCUGCUGGCCCAGGGCAACGGCAGCGAUGUGGCCCUCCGCGUGCAGACGGUAAACACGGACGAGGUGAAGGUGAUCCAGGCGCACACGCUGGUGCUCUCGCUGCAGAGCGAGGUGUUUGAGGAGCUGAUGCUCAGCCGCAACACCAGCACCGUGGUCCUGAGAGAGCCUGCUGACUGUGCUGCUGUCUUUGACAAGUUCAUCAGGUACCUCUACUGCGGUGACAUCUCCGUGCGUCUGGACCAGGCAAUCCCUCUGCACAAGCUGGCCAGCAAGUACCGUGUGUGGAGCCUCCAGCAGGGCCUGAGCCAGUACAUGACGGGGCACCUGUCCAGCGACUCCCCGACGGGCCACGUGGUUGGCUGGUACCAGUACGCCAUGCAGAUCGGCGACGCCAACCUGAGGGACAGCUGCCUCCAGUACCUCUCCUGGAACCUGUCGUCGGUGUUGCAGAGCGGCGAGUGGGGCUCCAUCAGCGACGACCUGCUGCUGUCCCUGAUGCAGCGCUCCGACCUCAUCCUGCAGAGCGAGCUGGAGCUCUAUGAGGCCCUGGAGGCCUGGAUCGGCCAGAACCAGCCGGCUGGCCUGACGGUGGAGAAUGCCCUGAGGCAGGUGCGCUACGGCAUGAUCCCCCCGCAGCACCUGUUCCGUCUGCAGAAGCAGUCGCCACUCAUGCUGAAAUACUACGAGUCCAUCCGUGACCUGCUCUUCCUGGCCUUCCAGUUCCACUCGGCCUCGCCCGUCCAGCUGGCCAAAUACUUUGACGUCAACUGCAGCAUAUUCACGCCGCGCAACUACCUGUCGCCGUCCUGGGGCUCGCCGUGGGUCAUCAACAACCCCACGCGCGACGACCGCAGCUUCAGCUUCCAGACCCAGCUGGGCCCCAGUGGCAGCGAUGCCAGCAAGCGGGUGACCUGGAACGCCCUGUUCUCCCCACGCUGGCUCCCGCUCAGCGUGCGCUCCGCCUAUACUAACGAGAUGCAGGCCACACGCACCGACGGCGGCCGUCCGCGCAUCAUCGUCACCCCAGCCACUUCCAGCCCCGACUUCGCCGGUGUGAGCUUCCAGAAGACGGUGAUCGUGACGGCGAGGCAGGGGGGUAAAAUGGUGGUUCGUCACAUCUACAACUUCCACCAGAGCACUGAGGAGGCCGGGGAUUUCCUGGUGGACGCCGACCUUCACCGCCGGGCGUCUGAGUACCUCAUUGACAGCUCCCUCUACCUGCACGUCGUGGUGAAGCCCCUUUACCACAGCCUCAUCGUCGCCAGGAAAUAGGUCAAGAGGUUGUUGUCGCCUUAGUAACCAACGGUUCCCACUAGAUGGUCUAGUUGCAAUGUCAAAAUUGGCUAUAUUAUAAAAAAUUAUGAAAACCAAAAAUUUGCUUUUUGGUCUUAAUUUAAGGUACAAGGCAUAAGGUUUGCAGUGUGAUUGAGGUUAGAUUUCAAGAAUAUAAAUUGUAGAAAUAGGCUGGCUUUAUGACUUUGGAACUUGCCCAGACAGUGACGACCGUAACCAACCGUCCUCCCUGCUGAGUCCCCCUCCUACCCACCCC